AUGCAGAGAGAGUGCAUCUGGGGCAGAGAGCGUGUCUUGAACAACACCAGUGUAAAAGCAAUCAAGCAGCUGAAGAACGGCAAGACAGCUGGACCCAGCAUUCCCCUGAAGCACAUCGAGGUGGAUCUGCAGGUUCAAGGGCAUGUAGCGGCAGUGACCUCCACCCUGCAGUAUGUAAAUGAGGAAGAGCAACCCCUGGAGGCUGUGUUUGUCUUCCCCAUGCCUUCAGGAGCUGCUGUCUGUCAAUUCAGCGCCAAGGUUGCAGACCAGGAGAUAGUGGCUGAGGUUCAGGAGAAACAGGAGGCGCGAGAGCAGUAUGAUGAUGCCCUGAGUUCAGGUCAGCAGGCUUUUCUGCUGGAGGAGAGUGAGGAGUCUGUGGACGUGUUCAAGCUGAGUGUGGGCUCUCUGCCCCCAGGCCAGAGUGCCACCAUCACCUUCACCUUCAUCACCGAGCUGAGUGUGCAGGCUGACCAUUCACUGCAAUUCUGCCUGCCAGCAGUGCUCAACCCCCGCUAUACACCAGCCGGUACAGGUGGUGGUAUAGUAUCAGAGAUAACAUCAAGUUCCACUGGCAUUCCCUACUCUCUCUCUUUUACUGCGCACAUAAACUCUCCAAACCCCAUCACAAAAGUGGAGUCCAAAUGUGCUCUCGAGCCUCUGAUGUUCCUCAACACAGACCACACAAAGGCAAAGGCAAGCCUUUGUGCAGGUCAUAAGUUUGACCAGGAUGUCGAGCUGUAUCUCUAUUAUCAGAAUCCCCAUCAGCUAACUGCUAUAGUGGAGUCUGGAGCUCCCACGGCACAGCCAGGGACUCUCAUGGAAGACCCUGUGGUCAUGAUCAGUUUCUAUCCAGAGUUUCCUGUGUCAGUAAUGUCCUCUACAUCAUCGUGUGGUGAGUUUGUGUUUGUUAUUGACAGAUCUGGCAGUAUGGACAGCAGAAUGCAUCAUGGGCUGGGUGCACAACACCGCAUCAAAUGUGCCAGGGACACUCUGCUCCUGCUGCUGAAGAGUCUCCCCAUGGGCUGUUACUUCAACAUCUAUGGCUUUGGCUCUCGUUAUGAGUCCUUCUUCCCUAAAAGUGUUCAGUAUAGUCAAGACACUAUGAAGCAGGCAGUGAAGAAGUUAAAGAAAAUGCAAGCAGACAUGGGGGGCUCAGAGAUUCUGCGACCUCUGAAACACAUUUACAAACAGCCGUGCAUCCCCAGCCACCCAAGACAGCUGUUCAUCUUCACAGAUGGUGAAGUAGGGAACACUAAAGAUGUUCUUAACUGUGUGAGGAGCAAUGCUGAUUUCCACAGAUGCUUCUCAUUUGGGAUUGGUGAAGGUGCAAGUUCUGCACUCAUCACAGGGUUGGCUGAGAACAGCUCUGGCCACGCCCAGUUCAUCACAGGAACUGAGCGCAUGCAGGCCAAAGUAAUGCAGUCUCUCCGUUAUGCUUUACAACCAGCAGUGAUUGAUAUCACUGAGGAUUGGACUGGUGUGUCUUUCACCCGUCUGAGCUCCCCGAUUAAUUCACUUUUCCAUGGUCAGAGAGCACUGAUUUAUGCCCACUUGAAAAGAGAGGAAUGUCAGAACCCAGAUGCUAAGGGGAAAAUAGCAGUGCGAUACCGUCUUGGAGAUCAAGAGGUUGCAAACACUGUCCAUUUCUCCCUGAAGCCUUCUGAGAACAGCGGACUAGCCAUCCACAGGCUGGGUGCUCGCUCUCUGAUCCGCUCUCUGGAAAGGGACGAGGAGGAGGAUGGAGCUGAUAAAGAGGCUCUGAAGGCCAGGGUGGUGGAUCUGAGUAAGCAGUCUGGAGUGAGCAGCUCACACACAGCCUUCAUAGCUAUCAAUAAAGGCAGCGGACAAGCUGUGAAAGGAUCGAUGUUGACGAGGAGAAUUCCUAUUGCAGAUCUAUGUUUAUAUAUCUAUAUUGAUGUCUCUUUAGAAAUUUCUGAAGCUCCAAAGGACCCGUUGUUGCAGCUUAUCUCCCUCCAGAAGGCUUCGGGUUGCUGGGAAAUGAGGUCCGCACUUGCAGAGGUCUUUGGGAAGGAAAAAAAAGAGUUGGUCGAGCGGAUUCCUGCACAGAUGAAGCCAGAUGUCUGGGCUACACUUCUGGCUCUGAUUUGGUUACAUGGCUUUAAGAUCGAUGCACAGGUUGAGUGGCAAACUUUGGCCAUGAAAGCAGUGGCAUGGAUCCGCACUCAGAAAGUGGUGAACCAGUCAGAGUGUGUACAAGUAGGAAACGCUCUACUGGGCUGUCAAGUUAAAGAAGACGCUCUUGGGCUCUGAAGACUUUACCCUCUUACAGCAUCCACAGAAAAGCCUUGGCAUCAUUUCUCUUUCCUAUAUUUUAAGAGUUUUACUUUCAUUAGCAUGCUUUUACUUAUAAGAUGUUGUCGAUAGGAUUGCUAGUAUGACCAAAAACC